AUGCAACAAAAUCAGUAUUGUGGUUAUCCCCAGAUCUUCUGGACAAACAACAGUGCUCUUUCUAGCUCAGACUGUGCUCCUCAACUGCGACUGUACCAUUCUAGUGAAAUUGUGCCAACUCAGGACAUUUGCUUACCAUUGCCUGUGCCAGGGAGGAAAAGGCAUAAUCAGAAUCAUGGAGAUGGUACAUGCCUUUGUUUCCUGGUGGUAUUUUUGCUGAUUCUACUUGCCAUCAUGGGGGUCGGGCUGGCAAUGUUUCAGAUCUUUCACUUGCAGAAGGAACUUCAAAAGUUUUCCAGCUCUGGAUGUAUCCCUCCAUCUCCUGAUAUGCUGAAAGGAGCUCUGAACAGAACAGCAGAAAAGAAAGUCAAGAGGAGUGCACAUUUAACAGGCAAAGCAAUUCAGCAAUCUCAUCCCCUGGAGUGGGAGACUAUCCAUGGACAUGCCUUCCUUUCUGGAGUCCAGUACAAGAACAGGGGUCUAGUGAUUGAUGAAACUGGGCUCUACUUUAUUUACUCCAAAGUGUUCUUCCGAGGCCAGACCUGCACUUCCCGGCCACUUGACCACAUGGUUUUCAAGAGAAAUCCAUCUUAUCCUGACAACCAAGUCCUGAUGGAGAACAGAAAGAUGAACUAUUGUGUAACAAUGCACAUGUGGGGCAAAAGUAGCUAUUUGGGGGCCUUGUUCAAUCUUUCCAGACAAGAUAGUGUGUAUGUGAGUGUCUCUGAGCCCACAUUGAUUAAUUCUGAAGAAUCAAAAACCUUUUUUGGCUUAUACAUGCUUUAA